CCAACAGGACAACGUCAUCCGCAAAAAGCAGAGAUGAAAUCCUGAGGUUCCCAAACCGGAUCCCCUCCAGCCCCUGGCUGCGCCUAGAAAUCCUGUCCAUAAAAAUUAGGAACAGGACCGGUGACAAAGGGCAGCCCUGCCGGAGUCCAACAUGCACUGGGAACAAGUCUGACCUACUGCCGGUGUUCUGCCAAUCCUUGCUACUUGCCGAGAAGUGUUACUUUGUGGUUAUGCGCAUGCGCACAGUCAAUUUUCAAAGUUUGCAUCAUUUCUUGCACGAUGUAAAAUUGAUAAUAUGGAAUGUUGAGUAGUUGAUAGUUCAAAAUACACUACCCAUGAGAUGAAUUGCAUUACACUUUGUGAACAUUAUACGAUAAAGAGAAAAAAAACAACAAUUCUAUCGCUUUAUUUGAUAUUCAUUCAGUCGUUCGCCUUUAUUUAACCAGGCAGGUCAUUAAGAACAUUCUUAUUUACAAUGACGGCCUGGCAAGCGACAAGGACCACUUGGGGGGAAAGGAAGUGGGCUAGGGAGUAAAACACAGUAAAAUUAUAGCUCUACAAAAAGGUAGAAAACCAUUAAGUAGCAUUUUUUGGCAAAGCAGCAGAAAUUGGCAGAACACCGGCAAUGCGAACCAAACUCCUGCUCCGAUCAUACAGAGACCGGAGAGCUCUUAAUAGAUGGCCCCGGACCCCAUACUAAUUGAGCGCCCCCCACAGAAUGGCACGAGGGACACAGUCAAAUGCCUUCUCCAGAUCCACAAAGCACAUGUAGACUGGUUGGGCAAAUUCCCAUGAACCCUCAAGCACCCUGCGGAGGGUGUAGAGCUGGUCCAGGGUUCCACAGCCGGGACGAAAACCGCAUUCUAUCACACUAUCACGACGCAGCGAUAAUGUCCCCACAGGACCCCUAUAAGGGCAGCACAGUUCUGCUGUACAUUGCAACACCAUAUGGCACAUUCAGGACACCUCUCAUCCUCUCUUUUACAGGUCAUGUGUUGGCAUUUGUUUUCUCCAUCUUUCAUAGUCGAAAUGCAUCUUCUCUGCGAGCAAAAUACAGAGCGGAAGGUUCUCGUCCACCGAUAGUCAUGACACAACUUUAAAGUUCUUAGUCAGCACAAAAUACAUAACAGGUAGUGAGAAAGAGGGAGAAAUAUAUUUGGGCAAAACCAACCUUUACCUCAAAUCUAUUACAUAUUUAAACUCUAGUUAAAAGGGACAUCAGGUGAUGUCAUAAAUAGCUGAUGUUUAAAAGUUGGUAAUUUACAUCGCAAUACUUUCCCAAUAAAUACUAAUAUGUGCAUUUUCUUUCUGUUUUGACAAAGACAAUCCUUAAGUCAGUCAAUUUAGAAGUGAACAUGUCUUAAGAGAGAAGAGCAAUACAAAAAAAAGGCUAUUAGAGGUGAACAUUUUCUUCCUUUGUUUUAGGUGUGCACACCUGCAGAAAGUAGACUCGACCAGUGGUACGUACCAACCUAAGGUCUGCUGUGGACAUCUACCGUAAUCAAGGACAGCUUGUCCUGCACAGUCAGCUGCUGUCAGAGGUAAAAACAGAAGCAAAAAGGAGGGAGAAAAAGAGCUGACAACUCGUUUUAGUCUGCAAGAAGAUAUUGUUUGCAUUUUAAUGUGCAAAACUGGCAAGAUGCGUGCUUAAUUAAUGAGAUAAAGAUACGGUUUGGGGGUCAAGCAGCCUCUUUUAAAGACAGUUUGUGAUUGGUUUCAUGUUGGUCAGUAUAAUACUGAGAUAGCAUCACCAGGUUAUCCAUUAAUUCAGGGCUAAGCACACUCCCAUUUUCAGUAAAGAGGAAGGUUCAACUGCUAAACAAUUAUACCUGUUAUUCCCACUCCCUUCUUGAUUUCCUUCUUCAUAAAACCAAUAAAAUCUGUGCUUCUCCCUCAAAGCUGCAGUCUGCUUGGAAGAGUCAGAAAGAGGACAUCACCUUGAGACAAACUUUACUCACACACACUUCAAAGAGACCAGGGGAGGAGAAUUUUCGAUGAUAUAAAAUAGAUAUAACGUGAAUGUUAGGAUAACAUCUUUCUAACUGAGCUGGGAUUGCGCUGCAUCAUUUCAUCACCUCAGGAUGGACAAAUCAAAAGACUCCAGGGUGGAGGAGCGACCCAAAUGGGACAACAAGAUUCAGUACAUACUAACAUGCAUUGGCUUUGCAGUUGGACUUGGAAAUGUGUGGCGGUUUCCAUACCUAUGCCAGAUCUAUGGAGGGGGUGCAUUCCUCAUCCCCUACCUGAUAGCGCUGGUGUUUCAGGGACUCCCCCUGCUGUACCUGGAGCUGGCGAUAGGGCAGAGGCUCCGUAAGGGCAGCAUCGGUGUCUGGAACUCCAUCUCUCCAUUUCUGGGUGGAGUCGGUAUCGCCUCCAUGUGUGUGUCCUUCCUGGUGUCCAUCUUUUACAACACCAUCCUGGCCUGGGUGCUCUGGUACUUCUUUCACUCGUUCCAAGACCCCUUGCCGUGGAGUUACUGUCCACUCAAUGAUAACCUGACAAGCUACAAUGUCGAGUGUGAGAAGAGCACUUCGGUGAAUUACUUCUGGUACCGCGAGACCCUGAACAUCACACCUAACAUCGAGACCAGCGGCUCCCUGCAGUGGAGGAUGGUCGUCUGCCUGGCCACCGCCUGGCUCAUAGUCUUCAUCUGCUUCAUCAAAGGCAUCGAAUCCAUGGGAAAGGCUGUUUAUGUGACAGCCACAUUCCCAUAUCUGGUUCUGACUAUCUUCCUGGUCCGAGCCAUCACUCUGCCUGGAGCUACGGAUGGUUUGGUGUACCUUUUCACUCCGGAUUGGGAGAUCCUGAAGAACCCACGGGUGUGGCUGGAUGCUGCAACUCAGAUCUUCUUCUCUCUUUCUGUGGCAUUUGGAGGUCUUAUAGCAUUCUCCAGCUAUAACGAAGAGAGAAAUGACUGCGAGAGGGAUACCCUUGUUGUGGGAAUAGUAAACAGUGUCACAUCUCUUUUUGCAUCCAUUCCCAUUUUCUCCAUAUUGGGAUUUAAAGCCAACGCCGGCUUCAACUCUUGUCGAGAAGAGAACAUCCUGACUCUGAUAAACCACUUUGAGAUUUCCGACCAGAACAUCACGUUGGAGAACUAUGAUCAGUGGGUUGAUUAUCUAAAUGGGUCAUAUCCAGAUAAAGUCUCAAGUUUGCAGCUGAGGGAGUGUGACCUCCAAACAUUCCUUGACCAGAGUGCGUCAGGCACUGGCCUGGCUUUUAUCGUGUUCACGGAAGCAGUGACAGAGAUGCCAGGCUCUCAGGUAUGGGCCGUACUGUUCUUUGUCAUGCUCUUCAGCUUGGGUCUCUCGUCCAUGUUCGGCAACAUAGAGGGUGUCCUCGCAUCCGUUUAUGAACUCAACCUGGUGCCCAAGUGGAUCCCCAAAGUAGUUGCGACAGCGAUCAUCUGCUUGAUAUCCUUCUCGAUCGCGCUCAUCUUCACCCUGGGCUCUGGCAACUACUGGGUGGAAGUCUUUAACAGCUACGUGGGCUCCGUGCCUCUGCUCCUCGUGGCUUUCUUUGAAAUUAUUGGAGUAAUCUACAUCCAUGGCAUGAAAAAUUUCAGUGAAGACAUCUAUUUCAUGACUGGGAGGAGGCCCAACAUCUUCUGGAAGGCGUGCUGGAUGGUCAUUAGCCCAGUAAUGCUCCUAGUGGUGUUUGUUGCCUACGUGGCCAUCCAAAUUCAGGGACACCCCACAUAUCACGCAUGGAACCCAGCUUAUGAACUGUUUCCUCUGCCUGACAUGGAGCCUUACCCAGACUGGGUGUUUGCCAUCAUCAUCCUGCUGAGUGUUCUGCCUGUGGUCUCCAUCCCUCUAGUUGCUCUCUACAGACUGAUCUGUAAAGCCAAAACAUCACCGACUCAAGUGGAACUUAAUCCCUACUGGAACGACGGCUAUGAAGCUGAAGCACAAGGACAGAGUGAUCAAAGAGCCUAAAGUCGAAGUAACAGUCCUCCCGGGCUCCGGACCAGCAGGUCAUUCUGACGCGUCUAAUCAUUUUUCUGCCCAAAUUCAAAUCAGUCUUUCAAUUCUAAUGCAUAAAAAGUUCAGACCUCUCGUAUUAGACCUGAUACAGAGCUUCUCUUUGAUUCUGAUGUUUACAUUAUACAGAUUCAGUAGAGCAUUGAUAGACUUGUGACGACUUAUAUUUAAGAAAUAUUUUUAUUUUACAGUAACGCUUUUGGUUCAUUGUAUUUUUUAUACUUUUUGUAUAUAUAAAUGAUUUUCAGGACCAAAUAUCAGUGAAAACAGAUUCAGUUCCAACACGAAUGUUGUUCCAACACUAAAACUCAUAAAACAUCCCAGCUCGGAAUCAGCAAUUUAUGAUCUUAUGAUUAAGAUGGUUUCGUACGAAAGUCACAUGACUUAGGGCCAAAUCCACAAAAGGAUUGCGCGGCUUUUGCGGCCGCUAAACCGGUGCAAAUGACACAAAAAGAGAGCGUCUAAUUCACAAAGCACCCGCAAAGGGCGAAUUGCAUCACAAACUGCGCUGCCAAGCAAAUAGUGGCAUUGUGCGCAUGUGCCAUUUGCAUGCAUGUAAAUUAGGUAAUAUUCAUACAUUCGGCGCAAAAUUGCCCCCUUUCUAUGCAAAUGAGCCUCAUUGCAAAAACCGUCUAAUUCACAAAGGCCAGCGCUAUUUGCCACACGCAAAAAUAGUGGAGCAAAUACCGUCUUUUGGAAGCGUGUAUUAACUGCGCGCAAACUCACUCCUCACUCCCCAUCUCUCUGUUUCUCUCUCUCUUCAAUGUCAUUCAAGCCUGUGUAAUACUGAAUGAUAUUAAGGGUGAAAUCUAUAGUCAGACAUGACUGUACACAGUCAGAUCAAGUGGGGUUGUGGACUUAUCUCGGAUUUAAAAAUAAAAAUAA